GGAGAUGGGAGGGGUGAUACAGGUGGAGAGACAGCUAAGUACAGUGGGCGGGGAGUCAGUGUAGGAGGGUGAGAAAUAAGAGAUCAGGAGGGAGCCGGCAAAGGAAUUUGUAAGGAACUGAAAGCAGUGGAUGAUGAUUUAGAGGAAUGGGAGGAGCACUGAGCAGACAGCAGGGUUACACAUGAGGAGGACUUAAACAGGGCUCAGAGUGGAGCAUAAGGGAAGGAGCAGGUAGAAAAGGUUUUCUGUUGGCUACAUUUCCACGUAAGCUGAGUGCCUCUCGCUGCAGUUACAGAAAACAAACAGAAAGCAAAAGAGAAAAAAAAUCUGGCAGAAGGGGCAGUUGCAAAAGAAGAAGCAGCAGAAAAAUAGGAAGAGAGCAGUUAAAAAAGUGCUGUCUUAGAGAUUAAAAGAGGAAGAGAAACAAAAGGCAGAGCAGGGACAAGGCUCUGAGAAGGGAGAGAAGUAAGACAACAGCAAACAGCCAUUGUCAGAAAAAAGCUGGACCCAACUCUACGGACCAAAGACAUCAGCAAAACACUCGUGUGAAGAGUGGCGGAAAGGAGGUGGUUGUGGUCAGCGCGGUGCAUGCCUGAGCGAGUCUACUAUGCAAGCGAGACGGCUGAGAUAAGACUCAAGCACAGUUUCUCCGUUCACUUCCAAAAGACAGCUCCCUCUGUUGCAGCAGCAUGUUGAUGAAAGAGUACCGCAUAUGUAUGCCGCUGACGGUGGAAGAGUACAGGAUUGGGCAGCUCUACAUGAUCAGUAAGCACAGCUGUGAGCAGAGUGGUGGGGGAGAAGGCGUGGAGGUGGUGCGGAAUGAGCCAGAUACCCACCCGCAGCACGGCCAGGGACAGCUGACCGAGAAGCGCAUCUACCUCAGCAGUAAACUGCCAUCUUGGGCAAGAGCUUUUGUCCCUCGAUUCUUCUAUGUGACAGAAAAGGCCUGGAACUUCUAUCCAUACACUAUCACAGGUAAGUGUGCAUCUUUCCUCCCCAAGUUCAGCAUCCGUAUUGAAACGAGAUUUGAGAACAACAACGGCCACAACGACAAUGUGUUCGAGGACACGCCAACUCCAGGAGAAAAUGUGAGUUUUCUGGAUAUCCUGAGUGACCCCAUCCCCGAAAAGCAUUACAAAGAAUCAGAGGACCUGAGUCACUGGCAGUCAACUAAAACUGACCGUGGGCCUCUGGAGAAAGGCUGGAUAGACCAGCACAAGCCCAUUAUGUGCUCCUACAAGAGGGUGAAGUGCAGCUUUGAGGUGUACGGCUUCCAGACCAGGACUGAGGAGUUCAUACACCGCAACAUCAGAGACAUUCUCCUUGUUGGCCACAGGCAGGCAGUGGCAUGGACUGAUGAGUGGCAUGGGCUGAGUUUGGAUGAGGUGAGGGAGUACGAGCAGAUAAUGCAAGAGAAGACCAACAGCAAAGUCAAAUCCAGCCAGAACAACCCAGGUCCAGCGGGUGCCCCCCGACCUGCGUUCUCUCGCUCAAUCUCUGUGACGGAUGAGCGCUCCCUGAAGAAGAUGGGCGUGACUACGGCGAGCACAUCUGACACGCCAGACUCCUCUUUGCCACGCACUCCCCUUCGCCUCCACUCAACCCCUGAGUGAGGUCACACACGCUUUGUGCAAAGCAAACACAAAACCCAAACACAGUGUCAACAAUCCGUCCAACUCAUGUGAUUCUAUUUCUCAAAUAGGAACACACAUACGCAAACAGCAGUGUGGUUAUAGAAGUCAAAAUAUGACAUUUUGUGGGACAAACCUUUUUGCUUUAAGAGAUAUGGCUAUAUGAGCAGAUUUGUACCCAUCUAAGAAACACUUUGAACAAAUUUGUGUCCACUGGUAGCUAAAUCCACUCCAGAUAUGCAGUUACAGCUUCGUUCUAUCAGUCUAGUGUGCAAACCACACAACAUGUUAUAUUUAGGGGCAUUAUAUUGGGGCUGUUCUAGCAGAGAGCAGCUGCGGGGUCUAUCUCAGGUAAAUCACUGAGGCAUUGUUUUUGAAUGGAUUAAAAUACAUUGUAUGAGCUUGUUUAAUGAAUCAUUUUUAAUAACUGUUCAUAAGCUAACUAGCUGCUCCACUUACUUUCUCUCUGUGUAUGAGUGCGAGUUAACCGGCCGCUUGCGACAGCCUCUGCUCACUGUGCUGAGGAUGGUAUUGAUCAUUUAAUCCAAAUGUGCCUGAGAGUCCAAAUGGUUGAGUUAUUUCUUUAAUCCCAUCGCAAACCUAUUUAUACCUAUUCAUAUGCUGUUGUUUUCUUCACUAAUCCCAUCCGUCAAUAAAUACAGCACAAAUUCUCAAGAACAAACCAUUUGUGCCUAGCACGAAAAAAAGAGCAAUAAAAGAAAAUUUUCUAAUCUCUUCAAUAGCCUCUAAAGAUGGUGCAUGUCAGCACAUUUUCUCAGUUCUUCAGCCUGAGUGAAGCACACCAGCCACCAGCAGGGCUCUAUGAUUGUUUCCAAGCCCCCAACCUGCAGUCUACAGACAGAUGCAUAAGGAAUUUAAUAGAGUAGAUCUAAUGAGAGCGCAGGGGAGAAGGGAGGAGGCGGUCAAUGCAAUGGAUCGGCUCCCCUCUCCAGCUCAGCCAAUAGGUCAGUCCAGGUGUAUUGACAGGGGGCACUCAGGUGUUGUAUUGGCUGCUUGAUCGCUUAGCUGAGAAUUGUAAACAGGUCAAGCCAAGGCUAAACUUCAAUUAUGUGUCAGUGCUGUCACCAUUUAUAAUGCGGUUAGUUUGAUUGUUUUAUAGACUGUGUUGUCAUCAUCAGGGAUCCCCAGUGAUGAGAAUUACAUUUGUUUAAUGUACAUAGUAUGGAAAUCUUAAAGAAAUGUUUCUUUACCUGUAAAAAAAAAAAAAAAAAAAAACAAAUCAGAUGAAAAUGUACUAAUGAGGUGUACUGUAUAGUGUCUUAA